CCCUGGGGAGCGGAGGGGCGCCCAGGUGGAGGGAGGGCGCGCGAGGGACGGGGAGGGGCCGGCUGGAGCGGAGCCCGGCGCUCCUGGCCAGGCGCGGAACGUACCAUCUGCCCGGACUCCCCUCCCCAUGCACUGCGGCGGCGGAGGCGAGAGAGAGAGAGGGAGAGAGGGAGAGCAUAACAAUAUCUCUGCCCAGGUCUCCCCUCCACAUCUCUUCCCCACCGCACGGCGCCCUUGUAUUGACACGUCCUCUCCAGGAAACAGGCAAUAAGGAGGGAACCAGCACACCGAGGGAGAGGGAGAGGGAGAGCAUCCCACCAUCAUGUCGGUGGCCUUUGCUUCUGCUCGCCCGAGAGGGAAAGGAGAGGUCACGCAGCAAACUAUCCAGAAGAUGCUGGAUGAAAAUCACCAUCUAAUACAGUGCAUUAUGGACUAUCAGAGCAAAGGAAAAACAGCAGAAUGUACUCAAUACCAACAAAUCUUGCACAGAAAUCUGGUGUACUUGGCAACAAUAGCAGACUCAAACCAGAAUAUGCAGUCAUUGCUUCCUGCUCCACCGACGCAAAACAUGUCCCUGGGCCCCGGAGGGAUGAAUCAGAGCGCAUCCAACCAGGCUCUCCAUCCACAGAGCAACCUCAGUGAUGCAAUCGGGACCGGCCUUCCGCCUUCCUCCCUCAUGCAGAGUCAGAUUAGUAACGGUCCCAAUCAUGUGUCUAUGCAACAGUCAGGCCAGAACACAAUGCCCACGACUUCCCUGAGCAUGACUGUCAGCAGCCACGGAACUGGGCCCGGCUAUAGCCAUACGGUGCCUGCUUCUCAGAAUGUACCAAUGCAAGGCCAAGGGUCAAUAGGCAACUACGUCUCACGGACAAAUAUCAACAUGCAGUCCAACCCAGUGUCCAUGAUGCACCAGCAAGCGGCAACGUCGCAUUACAAUUCUGCGCAAGCAGGAACCCAGCAUUACCAAGGGCAGUCUUCCAUUGCAAUGAUGAGUCAGAGUAACCAAGGCAACAGCAUGAUGGGACAGCGGCCGAUGGGCCCCUACCGACCUUCACAGCAAGGCUCCUCUCAGCAGUAUAUGGGCCAGGAGGAAUACUACAGUGAACAAUACAGUCACGGACAAAGUUCAUCAGAGCCCAUGAACCAGCAAUAUUAUCCUGACGGUCAUGGGGACUAUGCGUACCAGCAGUCAUCCUAUUCCGAACAAAGCUAUGACAGAACAUUUGAUGAUUCCACACAGCACUACUAUGAAGGCGGGAAUUCCCAAUACACUCAGCAGCAAGCGGGAUACCAACAGGGAGCUGCCCAGCAGCAGACCUAUUCACAGCAGCAAUACCCAAAUCAACAGAGCUACCCAGGACAACAGCAAGGAUAUGGUCCUGCCCAAGGAGCUUCAUCACAAUAUUCCAGUUACCAACAGGGCCAGGGGCAACAGUAUGGGAGUUACAGAGCUUCUCAGACAGGACCAUCUGCACAGCAACAGAGGCCUUAUGGCUAUGAGCAGGGCCAGUACGGAAACUAUCAGCAAUAAAAGGAGGAGCACCUGUGUCAAAAUUUGUUUCAAUAUUUAUGUCCGUCUUUCAACCCUGGAUGUACGGACAUUUUUUAAAAUUCACUGUAAUAUGUUGGUUCCCCCAUUAGCACAAAAGGAGCAUCGGUAUGUGAAAUAGUAUUCAUUUCAUGCUGGAUAUGAAGCAGAGCACUACUGGUAACAAGGCAAUGCUUUGAUGGUUUGGUAUAUUUUGGUGCUGUGUAUAGUUAUUGUAUGUUGAUACAAUGCAGAGAUUCUUCCUUCUUUACCCACAAACCCUUUUGAUGUUUUAAACUAGUUUUAGAGGUUGCCUGAUGGAUCAGAGUUCUGUGUACCCAAUCCCCCCCUUUGAAAACGACAAUAUUCCAAAACACAUCUAAUGUGUAAUUCAGUUUGUCUCCAUUCUCUAGUCACAUAGGUAAAGUAACACUGGUUUCUAAUACGAAAUACCAGCUCAGCUGCCUUGUAAUUUCUUUUGUGUGUACUCCCCCCUGAAACCCAUAAAUCUUAAUUGGUCCAGAGUAGGAUAGGUUUAUUUUGUUUGUUUACCUGUAACUCAUUCCUUUUUCAAAUUGCACAUAAUGAAAUGGAUGGAUGUAAAUUUGAUUUGUCACAUCCCUUUAUCGUGCAGCAGUAAUUUUAUGCAGCAGUGAUUAGGCCUUUCCUAAACUGCAUGCCUUCCCUCUGGUUAUUUCCUGCUGCCAGAUAAUUAACAUGGGAAGUGACCUUGUUAUGCCCAUAUAUCUACAUGUCCCAUAAUAGGUCAAUACCAAAGAAGCAUUGAAUUGUGGCACAUUCCAUUUUAGAGAGCCCGGAAAUGUCAUAGUGGGUUUAGCCUGGGUACGGAUAAGGGAUAUUGACAUUGGUAAGGGGAAAUGCUAAUUUAUUUUGUUUCCUGUAAUGCUCAUGGAAGCAAGUACCUGCUGUGGUUGGAGACACCCCCCCCCCCCACCUCCGAUGUACAUAUUUUAUAUGCAACUAUACAUUUCUACAGAAACAGAAACUAGGAUUAGUUUUAGCCAGUGUGUAGCUACAGAGUGGCAAUGGUCUUAGCCAAAUUAGAGCAUUGCUCCUCCCCUUUUCCUCUAGUUUUCCAUGACUGUGGAUUUCAGAAGUCAGGUCAAGUUCAAGGGAAGCUUGAAUCACAAUCCAGAUUGCUCCAAAAGCAAUUGUGCAACUUCCUCAAGCAUCUGGUUAAUUGUCCAGUCAUAUUCUUAAAAGUUCUUCCACUUCAGAUUUUGCAGCUACAAACAAAAUAGAAGCAGCACAUCUCUGCUCCUAUCGUUCUUCCGUGCUGUUGCAGCUAUAGCAGUUCUGAAAUCGUUUCUGUACUUCCAAUAACCAGAACUAACUGUGGACUGUUUCUUUGUGUUUCAUGGAGUGGAGCCCUCCCAAAAAGAGCCUGAGAGGGAGAGUAAGAUUUUUGUGUGUGUGUGAGUCAGGAGCAACUUGAGAAACUGCAAGUCGCUUCUGGUGUGAGAAAAUUGGCCGUCUGCAAGGACGUUGCCCAGGGCAUGCAUGGAUAUUUUACCAUCCUGUGGGAGGCUUCUCUCAUGGCCCCACCUGAGAAGCUGGAGCUGACAGAUAGGAGCUCACCCCGCUCCCUGGAUUCAAACUACCGACCUUUUGGUCAGCAGUCCUGCCAGCACAUUGCGCCAUCAGGGGUCCUAGCUUAAAGAAAUGCAAGAAUAGUGGUAUUGUAAAUUCACUGUUGCUAUAAAUUGGAGCACCUAGUUCACAAGGGGUCUCCUGAUGGCACAGAAUUGCUGUGACAAUAUAUGAACAUCACAGGCAUCUGGCCCACAACAGGGAGCAGAGGAGGAAAGGGAGUCGGACCCUGUGACGGAUUCCUUCUCCUAGAUAAGCCUUGUAGUUUCCCAUUUGCUCCCUCCCUGGAUUACAUACUUGGAACUCAUGUAAUGCUCUACAUGUGGACCAAUAGCUGUGUUCAUUGGUGGGCUCAUUGUGCUAAGUUUGACCUGGUUCUUACUCAGGGUUGAUAAAUACAGCCAGUUUUUUAAGACACAACGUAAGACAUCAGCUGCUGAAUUUCCUGUUCACUCACAGCUUCCCAAAACCAGAGUCACUAGUCCGCACUGACUGACUACCCUGUCUCUGUUACAGUCCUUCCUGCCUCCUAUCUAUCAGCAUUUCCUUAUCUGGGCAUCAUACAGAGACGUGAGUCUGGUUUUUAUUUGGCAGUUCUUCCUUGAGCUAUGAUCGGCUCCCUUCAUCUCCUUCACAGGAUGCAUCUACACUGUAGAAUUAAUACAGUUUGACACCACUUUAACUAUUACGACUCAGUACUGUGGAAUCAUGGGAACCAUAGUUUUACAAGGUCCUUGGCCUUCUCUGUCAAAGAGUUUGAUUGCCUCGCCAAAGUACAACUCCCAGGAUUCUACAGUGUUGUAUCAUGGCAGUGAAAGAGGUGUCAAACUGUGUUAAUUCUAUGGUGUAGAUGCCUCAUUCAACACCAAUCAUCCACCACCAUCUCUGGAUGGAGGUUGCUAACGUCGUUUAUAGCCAUUCUCAUAGCCUUGGUGCUAUCUCACAUGAACUAAAAUUCAUGUAACCCCCCCCCCCCCCAAUGCACAUUCAUGGUAAAAUGGAUAUAUCGUAUACAGAAGCCCAUUCAACAGAGCUUGCAUACCACAACAUUCAUAACAGAUAAGAUAAAAAUAGGUCCGUGUUACCAACUGCAAACAGAGGCCAUCCUUCACUUGCAAAGCAGCAGCUUUGAUAAGGGGCACAAAAGUUAAAUGUAGCUAUAAUUAAUGUGUUGCAAAACAACUUUACAGAUUACAUAACAGUGUUGAUAUUAUUAGCCAUUUGUUACCCUCUGGGAUGAUGGUUCUCACUUUUGGAUGAAAGGUGGGAUAUAAAUAAGUGAUGGAUGAAUGUUGCCUGUACAUUUUAUGUGAUGAUAUUGUAUAUUUAUUAUUGUUAUUGUUGUUAUUAUUAUUAUUAUUAUUUUAACUGUGAAUGAAAAAAAAGAAGAUGAUAUGGAAUCUGAAGAUGUUUGUAUAUUAGUUUUACCACAAUAUUGUUAUUCUAUUCCUGAUUGUGGGCUCAUUCAGAAGGGAAAAAAAUGUCUUUGGAAAUACAAGAAAUUUCCAGUUCCUUGUUUUGAUUUUAGCUGUAUAUUCCCAGGUUUCCAUCAAUCCCCCAUGCUUUCCUUUCCCCCCUCCAACCAAUUAUGUGUUACAUCUAGACUUCUGCAAUAUUUCCGAUAUUGUUGUUUACCGGUUUCCAAUCCCCCUUCUAUAUGAUUAUUAUUCAGGUAUUAUGGUCAGAGUUCUAAGGUACUCUAUCGAUAGUACUCUAGUUAAGGAUUUGGAUCAUUUUGUUUUGGUGCAAAACAUACUGUUAUGAUGAUUCUGUGUCCUGGAAACAAUAACUUGAUGGUGACAAUUUUAGGUAGCCAUCUUUAUUGUUGGUGACUGUCUUAGGGCCCUUCCACACAGCCAUAUAACCCAGAAUAUCAAGGCAGAAAAUCCCACAAUAUCUGCUUUGAACUGGAAUAUAUGGCAGUGUGGACUCACAUAACCUAGUUCAAAGUAGAUAUUGUGGGAUUUUCUGCCUUGAUAUUCUGGGUUAUAUGGCUGUGUGGAUGGGUUCUGAAAUAAUACAAAUAGACAGCCACUUCAUUUCAGAAAAUGCUGAAUUAAUUUGCAAUGGAUCUGGGAAGUAGGAAUACAAAAUUCCCUGGAAAUACUUUGGGAUGAAGAAAACACCUUGAUAUCCAAAAUAGAAUUGGUUUUGUACAGGAACAAAUCCUGGAACUUUGAGAGACUUUUCUUCUCAUCUGGAGGACUUCUAAGUUUACAGUCUUAUAAGAACUGAAUGUUCAGUUUAUAAUCUGCACUGUAUAUUGUUUGCAACCUGUGCUUAUUUGGCUUCUGUUUCUGCUAAAUCCCCUUUUUUCUAAGUGUGUAUUUGGAGUUGUUUUUUUCUUUCUUUUCUUAUAAUCCUGCUCUUAAAGAAUCUUGAUAAGUCAGAGGCAAUUUCACUUUCUGGUUUCUUGUCUCUCUGCCCAAAACCCAAGCCCUUUCCCCACAUUGCCUAGCCCUAUACACUGCUCAGCUCUGAAAGUAAGCCCAGGCUGGCUAUCUUACGAAGGAGAAACAAAUAUAUUAAGCAAAGAUAAUUUUAUAUCGAAUAUUUAUUUAUUGUUUUGACUUUUUAAGUUUGGCAAGGUGCCGACAGCUUGUCUGUCAUUCAAUUUUUGGACCAAAUAAUUUAAUAUUUUUUUCCAAUUCAGUAGUUGAAGGGUUUCUUAAAUUAAGAUGAAUGUGAACAUUGUCUAGUAGUAAGUGUUUUACCCAUCUAUAUGAUACUGUGGCCAAAGUUACAUAGUGCCAUGCAUCCAGUAUGGAGAGAUCCGUGCGAUUUAUGCAAGCUUUCUGCUGCAGGCUACAUCGUUUGCCUCUAGUACUGAAAGCUUUUAUCCCCCUAUUACAGCAGAUAACAUCCAAAAACCUGUUUCCACAACAGACCUAUAAGUGGAAGAAGGAUGUAGAGUUCAUGGUACUCCUUAAGGAAUAUUUUCAAAAUACCACUUUUCAAACUUCAAAGAAUUUGAUUUUCAUGUUGAAGUACCACCUUCUAAAAUCUCUAGACCGCCAGAAGAAUUAAAACAACAACAACGAGCCUAAGAGUGUAAAUGUGAGAUGUUCUAGGUUGGAAACCAUCCAGUGUUAGAGACUUGUCUACAGAUUAGAGUAGUGAUGGCAUUGGGUUGCUGUUGAGUUUUCCAGGCUGUAUGGCCAUG